AAGAAAAUCCCGAGUAGAAAUUCCAUUCUUGUUGUUGAUCACUUUGGCAAGGAUCAAGUUGUGCGGUUGAUGAGACUCUUUUGGAAUAAACCUAUUUCUGGACUAGUUCCACUAUUAGAAAAUCGUUGGAAGGAACCUUUGACCAAAUGGAAAGAACGAAAGCCAAGACUGCCUUGGUUAGGAGUUGCUUUUGCUCAUCAAGUUUCUGGAGACAUCGGACUGAAACCUGAAGCAAUACCUAUACCAGAAGAGUUUGUGAAAAGUGGAAAACACCAUGUUCCUGAUUCUAGUACUUACUAUAAAAUGUAUGAACGUUCUAUAACUGAUCCUGAAGGCUUUUGGUCAGAGAUAGCAAAGAAAGACUUUUAUUGGCAUAAGCCUUUUUCUUCGCCUAUUCUGAAUUAUAAUUUUGACAUUCGAAAAGGUCCCAUCUUUGUGGAAUGGUUCAAAGGAGGGAAAACCAAUAUGUGUUACAAUGCUUUGGACAGACACGUGGAGGCUGGCUUUGGAGAUCAAGUUGCUUAUUAUGCGGAAGGGAACAAUUUGGAAGAUAGUGGACAUCGCGUCGUUACUUAUGCUGAAUUAUUGGACAAGGUGAAGCGUUUGGCUGUUGCUCUAAAAGCGAGAGGUGUGAAGAAAGGAGAUACUGUUGCUAUCUAUUUGCCUAAUAUUCCAGAACUUCCCAUUUCUAUGUUGGCUUGUGCAAGAAUAGGUGCCAUUCACAGCGUUGUUUUUGCUGGUUUCUCAGCAGAAGCAUUAGCGGAACGUAUUUUGGAUGCCAGAAGUCGUAUUUUGAUUACUUGUGAUGGUGUUAUGAGAGGAGACAAAGUAAUUGAGUUGAAAGGUUUGGCGGAUGCUGCUGAAGAACUUGUAUGGGAAAGAGGAGAUGGACAUUUAGUUGAUAGACAAAUUGUAGUCCAAAGGCUGGGACCAGAAAAGUGUGCUGUUGGAAUGAAAAGUAGAAGAGAUGAAUGGUUUCAUGAUGUUAUGAACAAGUCAUCAGGUUCAGUUGAAUGUCCUGUUGAAUGGAUGGAUGCCGAAGAUCCUCUUUUUGUUUUAUAUACUUCAGGUUCUACAGGCAAACCCAAAGGUGUAGUUCAUACUGUUGGUGGAUAUAUGGUUUAUUCAGCUACAACGUUUAAGUAUAUAUUUGAUUAUCAUUCUCCAGAAGUAUUUUUCUGUACAGCGGAUUGUGGUUGGAUAACUGGACAUAGUUAUACUGCAUAUGCUGCACUAUGCAAUCGAGCUACACAAGUUAUAUUUGAAGGUGUUCCAACUUUUCCUUCUGCAGAUAGAUUAUGGAAGAUUGUAGACAAGUACAAAGUACAGUAUGUCUAUACAGCACCUACUUUAAUUCGUGCUGCAAUGCGUGCUGGAGAUGAAGUUGUAAAGAAAACUAGCCGAAAGUCUUUAAAGUUAAUAGGAGGUGCAGGUGAACCUUUGAAUCCGGAAGCAUGGAAUUGGUUUUACUAUACAGUUGGAGAUAGCCGUUGUCCAUUGAUCGACUCUUGGUGGCAAACAGAAACUUCUGGUGCUAUGUUAACUGCACUUCCCGUUCCAGGUCUCGUUCAGAAACCUGGCUCUGUAUCCUAUCCAUUCUUUGGAGUAGUUCCAGCCAUUCUCAAUGAUGAAGGAAAAGAGUUGAUGGAUAAUAAAGGAGAAGUCAGUGGUCAGUUGUGUAUUAAGAAACCGUGGCCUGGUAUUUUCCGAACUAUAUUACAUAAUCAUGAACGAUAUGAGAAAGCUUAUUUUGCAAAGUUUCCUGGUUAUUAUGUAUCCGGUGAUGGUUGUCGAAGAGAUGCCGAUGGUCUCUAUUUCGUCACAGGACGUUUGGAUGAUGUUAUUAAUGUAAGUGGACAUCGCAUUGGUACAGCAGAAGUGGAAUCUGCUUUGAUUGGAAAUCGUGCAGCAGCAGAAGCAGCUGUGGUUCCUAUAGCUCAUGAAAUAAAGGGUCAAGGUAUCAUUGCUUUUGUGAUUCUGAAAGAAGGAAUCAAAGCUACCUAUGAAUUGGAAGAAGAAAUGAAAAAAAGAGUUCGAGUCAAUAUAGGACCUAUUGCAGUACCUGAAAGAGUCUAUUUUACGCCAUCUUUACCCAAAACAAGAAGUGGAAAAAUAAUGAGAAGAAUUCUGAAAUUGAUAGUAGAGAAGAAAGGUAUCGUUUCUAAGCAAGAUUUGGGUGAUAUUUCCACGUUGGCAGAUCCUCAAGCAGUUGAUGAAUUGAUUGAGGUUUAUAAGAAGCAACAAAUAUAGGAAUUGAAGAUGAAUGUUUGUUUGUGUGUGGAAAUAUAAAAGUGACUCAUUUUUGUGGCUAUGGUAAAUAGGAUGAGUUAUUAGAAUAGCAAAUCAUCCAAAGAAGGUCCUGAAGGCGUACUUUUCUUAGGCAUAGAAACCGUCGAAUGAGUAUCCUCUGAAGUCAUAGAUGAAUCACUAGCAACACCACCUAAUUGGUCUUGAAAUAACCACUCUUCCUUAUCAUUCGAUUGACUAGUGGUAACUCCAGCCACUUUAGAUGGUUCAACUGUCGAAGAUUCUGUUCUACUCGGUUUCUUCAUACCGGGAAGUGAAAGUUUCAACUUUUGUCCCUCUUUGAGAGAAAAAUCCUUUGGAGGUGAAGCUGGCUUUCCUUGUUCCGUUUGUUCUCCUAAACUCUGUCUCGUUGCAUCAUUCAACGCUGCUAAAAAGUCAAAUGCUUCUCCACGUUGUUCAAAGCCCAGUCCAAGAAACGCCUUUCGUUGGGUCUCUCGGUCUCUUACUUGUAUCACGAAAUAACGAGAACUAUCCAGUGCAUGUUGAGGUCCUCACGAAAUGUCCCCUGUAGGUAACCAACUAUUAUGAAUAGUUUAAAAGUUGCUUACCACUUUCAUGAAAUGGACUUUCUGCAAAUAGUUGUCCGGAAAUUCUAUCUUCUAAACGAAUCCAUACUUGUCCGCCUUCUUCA